UUUGUUAGUUGCCAUUUUGAUUUCUGUUGUGUUCACAUCUCUGUUGUUACUCUGUGAAUGCUACUUUCUCAGUCUUUUUCAUCUUUUCCUUCUUUCUCAGUCUUUCUCUUCUCUCUUGCCUUUCCUUUGCGUUCACUGUUUCAUUAUUUUCCUUCUUUAACUUAUUCUCCUUCUUACCUUACCUUACCUUUCACAUAUUUCUUACAUACUUUUUACUUACCUUGUUUACUUGCCUUUUGUCUUCAUUAUCUUCAUUGUCACUGUUUCUUUCAAUUUGAUUCUCAUUCUUUAUUCUUCUUCGUCUCUUUUUCUUGCUCUUCACUCUUCAACUUGUUGUUUAAAAGUAUGAUUCAAGUGAAAACAUGAAGUAUGUGCACCUUCAAAAUCUCUUGUCAUGUUCAAGUUCAACUUGUUCCGAUCCAUAAUCUUAGGAAUCUUUAUCAUACCAUGUGGAUUAAUUUUCUAGUGUUAUGUGUUAUUAAUUGUUAUUUUACCAAUGGAUAUAGACAACAUCAUGGGAUCCGUCAUCAUAGAGAGCACGUUCGUGAGUUCAGCUGUGGUAAACUUUACUAUAGAACUUUUCAUCUCGAUCCUCGUCGAGAUGUCCUUUAUGUUGGAGCAAUGGAUAAAAUAUUUCGACUCGAUUUGGUCAACGUGAACAGGACCAACUGUGAAAUUGAUUCAGUGUCUUUAGAACCAACUAGUGUCUCCAAUUGUGUAUCAAAAGGUAAAUCAGAGCAUUAUGAUUGUCGAAACCACAUCAGAGUGAUUCAACCCAUCGGUGAUGGAAACCGUUUAUAUGUUUGUGGUACCAAUGCCCAUUAUCCCAAAGACUGGGUAAUCAAUUCAAAUCUAUCUCGUUCACAUUCACAAGAAACUUUCCCUGGAAUUGGAAGUGGCAUUGCUAAAUGUCCUUUUGAUCCGGAAGAUAAUGUUACUGCAGUUUGGGUUGAAAAUGGUAACCCAGGUAAUUUGCCUGGACUUUACAGUGGCACAGUUGCCGACUUUACCAAAGCUGAUUCAGUCAUUUUUCGCACUGAACUGUUCAAUUUAACAACUCGACAGUCAGUUCAUCCUUUUAAGCGAACCAUAAAGUAUGAUUCUAAAUGGCUUGACAAGCCUAAUUUUGUUGGUUCCUUUGAUAUUGGUGAUAAUGUGUACUUCUUUUUUCGGGAAAGCGCCGUCGAGUACAUCAAUUGUGGUAAAAAUAUUUACUCUCGAGUUGCCCGUGUUUGCAAGAAAGACAAUGGCGGUCGAAGCAUUUUAAACAAAAAUUGGGCCACUUUCAUGAAGGCUCGAUUAAACUGUUCGAUCCCAGGAGAGUUUCCGUUUUAUUUCAAUGAAAUUCAACAUAUUUACAAGCAUCCAGAUGAUAAUAGUAAAUUUUAUGCCGUUUUUUCAACCUCUUUAAAUGGUUUAAUUGGCUCAGCCAUUUGUACAUUUACACUAGACUCUAUUCAAGAAGUUUUCAAUGGUAAAUUUAAGGAACAAUCAAAUUCCAUGUCUGCCUGGUUACCCGUUUUAUCCUCCAAGGUACCCGAACCCAGGCCAGGGGUUUGUGUUGAUGAUACCCAAUCGUUGCCUGAUUCUGUGCUCAAUUUCAUUCGCGGUCAUCCGUUGAUGGAUUCAACAGUUACCCAUGAUAAUGGUAAACCCGUCUUCUACAAGAGAGACACGGUUUUCACCCGUAUCGUUGUGGAUAAACUUCAAGUUGAUGGAAUCCAGUAUUUAAUCUAUUAUGCUGGAACCUCAACUGGUGAAGUUUACAAACUGGUCCAAUGGACUGAUCGAAUGGGUGAAGUCCAUUCAAAUUUGGUUGAUGUUUUUGAAGCAACCAGCCCACAUCCAGUGAGAGCCAUGGAAAUAUUUCCCAAAUACAAGUCAUUAUACGUUUCAUCUGACUUUAAUAUUAAACAAUUUCACCUUUCAAUGUGUAAACAGCGCCAUGACAAUUGUCUUGGUUGUAUAAGAGAUCCUUAUUGUGGUUGGGAUAAAGAUCACAAUGAAUGUAAACCUUAUGUGAUUGGUUUUAUGCAAGAUGUAACCAACUCGACUCCAUCUGUUUGUGAUGCUUCUGUUGGUUUUAAAGAUCAAAAAGUGUUCUGGGGUCAAAGUGUCCAUCUCACCUGUACUGGUCGAUAUCAGGACAUUGAACCGUUAAUCAGUGAAUCCGGACCCAUUAAAUGGUUUCAUUCGAGGAAUGAAAGGUCAACACCAUUCGAGGUUUUCCCUCGUCGAGAUAAAUUUAUUGUUACCAAUGAUAAUGGACUUGUUAUCCUUGGAGUCACCGAUCGUGAAUCGGGUCGAUACGAGUGUAAAUUAGGCUCAAACACACUUAGUCGGCAUAACAUUACCGUUGAUGCAAAAACUUGUACAGCCAUGAAUGAAGCAGAAUAUCGCAAAAUCUAUUCUGAUUGGUGCCAUGAAUUUGAAAAGUACAAAAAUACCAUGAAGUCGUGGCAAGCGAAACAGAAAUGUGCUCAAAGAGUUAAAAGUUGUCGAGAUAAAUGUGAUGGACAGGAUUUCCAGUAGCGAGAUCUUUUUCAAUGGAUGCAACCAACAAUGAACCAACAAUGAACAUCUAGGCAAUAAAUUAACAAAAUUAAAAGAAAAUCGUCAAUUUAAAUUUGCACCUUAAAAUUUCAAUGACUUAUGUGAAUAGGAAACAAAAGAAAAACCUUGUAAUAAUGUAUUUAAAAUGAGCUCUGUAAAUAAUUGUAAAUCACUGUUUUUUUUGGAAACUCAAUCGAUUGACUAAAGUAGUGAAGAAACGCUACUUUUAUCAUUGUACAGAACAUUUUGAAAAAAGAAAAAAUCUCUUUUUUUCUAUGCAAAACAAAUUUAAAAUAAAAAGUUGUAAGAUAAU